ACAACAAGCAAAAGCAAUCAUAAAUAGAGAGUAGUUUUUAAGAAAGAGUUCUUUCUAAGAGAGUCAUAAAACACUCUCUAAACACAAAGUUUGAGUAGCAAACUCCUUUCCUAAAAUACGAAGGCUAUCUCAAACAUAAAUCGUCUACAUUACAUCUCAACCUCUUAAAUAAAAUAUUAUCCGCUAAUUUUCCCAACAGCUGGUAUCAGAGCAAGGUUACCGUUAUCUUUGAAGAAGUGAAGAUGGAGGCCACCGUUACCUUUGAAGGUGACAUGUUCAAGCUUACGACGGACAACUUCUCUUAUUGGAAACCGAUGAUGGAAGAUCACCUUUAUUGUAAGGAUUUGCAUGAGCCCAUCAUCAUGAAGGAUAAGCCAGAAGGAAAGGAUGAUAAAGCAAGGGAGAUUCUUAAUACGAAGGCUAUCUCAAACAUAAACCAUCUACAUUCCAUCUCAACCUCUUAAAGAAAAUAUUAUCCGCUAAUUUUCUGUACGCUCAUUCUAUUUUAUUUUCAGCACUCUACAUUUUCUUAUUAAGCAUUAAAAAGCAUGUAUUUGUGUCAAAAUACAACAAAUAUGAGUUUCGUGUUUGGCAGUCUAGACAAAAAUAUAUCACAUCAGUCAUAUAAAUAGUGGAUUGCUUGACGACUUUCAUAUCUCUUCUCUAUUUCAUUUUAUGUGCAUUCUCCAACUAAAUUUUAUUUUUUGCACAUAAUGAAUUCUCUACAAAAUUCCGGAGGACCUUCGAACGAAGAAGAGGAUAUGUUACUAGCCAUGCACCUUUGCGGCAUAGAUCUCAUUGCUUACGCUGUAAAAACCGCAACAGAAUUAGAUUUGUUCGAGAUAAUGGCUAAAGCCAGGCCCUUAGGGACCCAUCUCUCAACGUUGGAUUUGGCUUCAAAGACUGCACCAAAUAAUCCAGACGCUUCGGUGAUGAUUGAUCGAUUGCUACGCCUCCUUGUUGCAUAUUCGGUGUGCACAUGUAAGUUCGUGAAAGACGAAAAAGGAAGAGAGUCAAGGACAUGCGGACUAGGAAAAGUUGGAAAGAAGUUCAUUAAGGAUGAAAAUGGAGUUUCUAUCGCAUCCUAUGUGCUUUUCCAUUGUUCACAUACCAAGGGAGUUACAUGGUCUUACCUCACGGAGUCGAUACUAGAAGGCGGAGCAUCCGCAUGGGAGAGAGCUAAUGAGCCAUUUUUAUUUGAAUACAUGAAGAAAACUGAGAAUGUCAAGGAAGAUUUCAACGAGUCGAUGAUGAGUCAUACGACAAUAGUAAUGAAAAAAAUAUUUGAGAACUACCAUGGGUUUGAGAGUAUGAGGGAUUGCACAUUGGUAGAUGUAGGAGGUGGGCUAGGCACUAGUCUCUCCCAAGCUCUCUCCAAGUUCCCACAUCUUAAAUGUGUCAACUUUGACUUGCCUCACGUCGUCUCAGAAGCUCCCCAAAUUCAUGGCGUGGAACAUAUUGGUGGUGAUAUGUUUGAUGAAGUUCCAAGAGGCCAAGCUAUAUUGAUGAAGUGGAUACUUCAUGAUUGGAGCGAUGAAAAAUGCGUGAAGAUAUUAAGAAACUGUAAGAAAGCAGUACCAGACUCUGGAAGGGUAAUCGUAAUCGAAACGAUAAUCCCACGGGAAGUAUCCGACACUGAUAUAGCAACCAAGAACGCACUGCAUUUAGAUAUGAUUAUGAUGUGUUUAACGCGUGGGGGCAGAGAGAGAACGAAAGAGGAAUUUGAAGUAUUAGCUAUGAAAGCUGGAUUUAAGCUCCCAAAUUUUAUCUAUGGUGCUUAUUCUUUUUGGGUCAUUGAAUUAUACACAAAUUGAAUUACAACUUUUACUUAUACAUGUUAUACUUAAAUAACGUUCAAUUGAAUUACAACUUUUACUUA